CGCGCAUGCUCAGUACCGUAAGUUCGUGCACAGCAGUAGCUGAGAGCGGUGGUCGCGGGAGAAGCUCCAGCUAUGUAUCGUACACCGAUGCGUCGCGAUCCGUCUCCGGAUCAGAUAGUGGACACCCGUUACCAAUCGCCGGACAUCAGAGCGCACUCUACCAAUCGCUGGUCUCGCUCUCCAUCGAACCGUUCCUGUCAAUCCCCCACACGGGGCCGCUCUCCCGUUACCCCCCGCCGUCGGUCCCCCUCUAGGGGCCGCUCCUCCCCCAGCCGCCGCCGGUCUGCUUCCCGAGGGCGCCGCCGCUCUCGAUCCCGAGACCGCUCUAGUUCCAGAGACCGCUCUCCGAAGAAAUCGCACCGCUCCAAAUCCCGGCCCCGUCGCUCUCCCUCCCGCUCCCGUCGCUCCCGCUCUCGGCACCGCCGCUCUCCUACCAAAUACUGGUCCCGCUCUCCGAGUGAAGACUCGCAGAAACGGCGAUAUGAUACCCGAUACGACAAUCUCGACUCGGUCACGCACCAUUACUCUCCCAGCUUCCUCUCUGGCUCCGCUGACAACUCUGUGUUAUCGCAGCAGAAAGAGCAGGCUGACCGAUUUGCUGAUCUCCGUCCGGCAAGUUCUGGCUACCAGGAGUGCCUGAGCGAACAGACCAGGUUUUCAGAUGAACCUAUGCCUAAGUCUAUUUUGAAGAGGCGCCCUGACGCAGACCACAGUCUUUCCCCUCAGGUUGACAGUUACACGGGCAAUGGCAGGCUAAUGCCAGGCAACAGCUCUUCCAAGUCCCUUACCCCUGAGAACAACACAAGACUCCCUGAAACAAACAGAACCUCUAACUUGUUGCCUCAAGAUAAGCUUGGCAGCUCCAAAGAGGAGCCCUUAAAAGGCGGCUUAGCCAGCAGCAAGUAUUCCCCCCAAAUGGGUAACUUUCUAAACAUGUUUAAUAAGAGUGCAUGUGAGUCCCAGGGUAUCCCCUACCAUUCUCCCAGAAGCUUUGAUUCCAAAGUAGUAAGUCCACAAGAAAGUGAAACUCCGAUAAAUGUUUCUGCUGGGCAGAAGCAACCAAGCAAUGUAUCCACAGUGCCUGACACUCAGGAUAAAGCAGGAGAUUCUAUUAAAGGUCAAGAGAACAAGCUGCCAAGUCAAAUUCAAAUCGAGGAUGAGGAAAAAUUCCUUUAUGGUGAUGAAGAUGUUAAGAAAGCUCAUUCUAACCCUGGAAAAAUUGACAAGAGCCAAACUCCCUCUCCGUCGCAUCCAAAAGGCUCCACUAACAAACAGGAGUUUGAGAAGAUUCAUGACCUCUUAAAGACUAUUGGGUUGGAUAUUGGUGUAGCUGAAAUUGGCAAACUAGCAAUCCGAACUCAGGAGCGGCUUCAUGGAAAAAAGGCCACUCCUCUGGUGUCCAAACAGGCUGCUGAACGUCGGUGUAGUGGAAGUGAAACCAGCUCUGCUGAUUCUAGACUUCAGCCUUCUGGAUCCCCAAUUUUAACUGAGAAAAAAGAAGUGCCUGUUACAUCCCAAGCAACACCUGAGCCACCUGCUAAUCCCGUUUCUGUAACUGCUGAGGAGAAGAUUUCUGCUGUGUCUAAACCAAAGGCUGAAAUACCAGUAGCAACAACAUCAGCUCAGCAAAUAGCAACCCAUCCAGGUCAAGCACCUGCAGCACAACCUCCUCCGGUUGUGGCACCUCCACAGAUGCCUUUAUAUCCCCCAUACCCCCCCACUCAGAUGAUGCCCACAUACAGUAUGCCUCCAUCAAUGGCCACUAGCUACAAUCCCUACAACCCUUAUGCGGCAUAUCAAACUGCCAGAUGGCCAAUGUAUAACCCGAUCCAUCAACCUCCCCCUCCAAUGUCUCUGCCUCCUCCCACUCACAUGGUGACAACCCAGUCCCCUGUUGUGUCCGCAACCUCCACUGCUACUUACCAAAACCGCAGCAAUCUUCGCGUUAUCCACACCAGCGACAGUGUUUCUACAGCAAACUCAACAGUCAAGAAUAAAAGUUUGGCACCUCUUUCAAGUGCCCCAGCUGUGAACCAGUCAUCAAAAGAAUCAACCGUCCCUGAAAAUGAUCCCAAGAAUAAAGAUAGUGAGAAAAGAAAGAAGGUUUUAGAAGACCUCCAGAAUAUUGUGAACGAGCAGAAAAUCAGGAAGCAGAAACUGUACAGUUUAAACUCAAACGUCGAGCAGCUGCGUGUCCAGCAAGGAAUCCUUUUGCGCAAAAAACGCAGAGAGAAGGAUGGGCAUAAAGACCCUCUCUUGGAGGAGCUGAACAAAGUGAUGGAAAGUGCAGUCAAGCAGAUGAACAAUAUGCGCAAGGAGUUUAAUGAAGCUAGUAAAAAGCAGCAGCAGCUCACUGUAGUGGCUGAGAUAUUGGGCCUUUCAACUACACACCUGACAGACAAUUCUUCAGAACUAGAUCUUAAGUUAAUACAGGAAAAUACUGAAAUCCUAACUAAGCCAACUGAACCUUCCAAGGACUCUGUCAGAGAAACAAAAAGCAGUAGUGAUGUCAAAGACAACUCGAAACCUAAUGCGGAGUCAAAGGACACGUUACAAUCUAGUAAUAACACUUAUUUGCCAAGCUCCUCUUCUAGCAGAGAAAAGUUAGAGGAGACAUCAAAGUUAAGAACCACCCCUCCACAAACCACUUCCAAAAACAAACAUUCCUCAGAGUCAAAAAGUUCCAGCUCCUCUCAUCAGAAGUCAAGGUCCAAAAGCCCACGGCCCAGUGAGAAAUCUUCUAAAUCAGAGGAGGCCAAGAAAUCAUUUGAUGUAUCUCAGUUGUUCAGCUAUUUUGAUCCAGGUGACCACUGGUGUGAAGAUUGCAACUCCACCUGCAAGACGUUGUUUGAGUUCCUUACUCAUAUGCAUGCAAAGAAGCACAGCCAGACAGUGAAUCAAUCAAAGCGUCCCUGGGCCAAGAAUACGGAGAAAGAUACCAAGACAGAACAGAGGACAAAAAUGUCUGUUCCGGUCAGAGGUCCAGAGUUUUUAAUUCCUAUUAAUGGAUUCUACUGUCAGCUUUGUGAUGAGAUCAUUGGAGAUCAUAUGUGUGCAGAAGAGCAUUUGAGAGCGUUUGCACACAAUGAUAAAUAUAAGAAAUAUGUUGAAGUAAAUGGUUCCUAUGAACAAAGACGACAUGAAAACCAUAAAGCUGGUUUAUUGGCCAUUCAAGAGGCUGAGCGGAGGCAGAAGUUGGAACAGAAAAGGAAGUUGGACAGUCAAAUAGCUGAUGCCUAUAAUGAUCAAAAGUAUAAGAAGACCAGGAGAGAAGAGGAAGAUAGUCAGAAAAAGCAUAGUAGUAAUGUGGCAACCAAACCAGACUCCAUGCAUAGUCCACCAAAAGAGAGAGAGGAUCCGGCUAAAACACAAAUUUUCGGAAAGUUCACGUGGAAAGGUUCAAAUAACAAAGCAGGUGGUGGCACCUCAAAGGAUGAAAGUGCAGCCACUACCCCUGAGAGAGACAGAGAAAGUGGUAAAGGAAAUGCAGUUAAGCCAAAGAGUAUUGAUAUUAAACUUAUGGGUAAACCCCCUGUUUCUCAAGAAAGCUCUAAAUCUCCAAGUUCCUCCUCGCCCACUGUUACUACCUCCACAACUUCCUUUACUUCCCACACUAAGGUUCGACCCAAUCUGCCAAUCCCUGUUUCAGUUCUUAGAAAGUCCAGUAUAGCGCCACUAAGCAAGCCUGCCCCGCUGAAUACAUUCUUGUCUAUAAAGUCAUCAAAGUCUAUUCCAAAACCCUUGCCAGUUGUAAAGUCUGAGACAGCAUUAUCUCGAGAAGUUAUUUCUAAAGCGUUUGGGGGGCAAGCAAUAAUUGUAAGAGAGACAAAUGAAGUUUUGAAGAUGGAAGAUAAAAACAAGCCUGGUACCCAGCAGGCAGAUGGACCAUCUAAAAAUCAAGCAGCUCUCAGUGGUAGUAGCAAGUUUAGUCCAAAAAGCAGCAAUGUAGAGACUAAAUUUGGUCCUUCUACUCCUAGUGGUGUGGAUAAACUUAAAACGGCAACUCCCACAGAGAGAGACGUUAGAGCAACAUCUCUAACACAAGCACAGAAAGCUAGCCCUAUUUCUAAAAACCAAGUGACUGCGUUUUCCAACAGUUCUACAACAGACAAACUGGGUAUUAAGCCCUCUUCUGAACAGAAUCGGCAAGUGAUUUCAGCCAGAACAGCAGCUUCAGUUACCAUGUCUAGUGAGUCAGCUACAGGUAAACAGCCACAAGAUUUAAAGGCAAAGGAAAAUGAUGCCCAAAAAAGUCUUGAAAACAAGCAGAUAAGUGGUUCUAAUAAAAAAGUCACUGAAAUUCAAAGCAGGGGUCUUGAAAACAAGCAGAUAAGUGGUUCUAAUACUAAAGGCACUGAAAUUCAAAGCAGGGGUCUUGAAACCAAGCAAAUAAGUGGUUCUAAUACUAAAGGCACUGAAAUUCAAAGCAGGGGUUUUGAAAACAAGCAGAUAAGUGGUUCUAAUACAAAAGGCACUGAAAUUCAAAGCAGGGGCCUUGAAAACAAGCAGAUAAGUGGUUCUAAUACAAAAGGCACUGAAAUUCAAAGCAGGGGCCUUGAAAAUAAAGAGAUAAGUGGUUCUAAUAAAAAAGCCACUGAAACACCAGGCUCGUCGGCUGGCACUUUAUCUACUGCAAAACAAGAUUCCAGCUACAGUAAUACUGUAAAAUUAAACCAAAAGUUUAAAAGGGCUCCUCUUUCACUUCCUUCCACUUUGUUUGGACAUAUGUCAGAUGCAGGCCGUAAGGAUAUCAACAUUUCUGCUGUGGUUCAGAGUUCCAACAACAAUAAAGAAGUGCAACUAAAAGACAAUAAAGCUGCAUCAAAUACAUCAAAUACAACGACUGAGAAAACUCACCUGCAGCAAGAGUUAGACUCGUACUACAAGUUAAUAGCCACUGAAGAUGAUCCUGAGGAUCUAACCACUUCUGAGGACCAAGACAUGGAUGUCACAGAAAAUAUCUCCAUUGUGUCUGUACCCAUUAAAGUUGGUGUUCCAAAGAUCUCAUCUGUAACAGUCAAAGAUAUAUGUUCCUCUAAACCAGAUGCUGAAGUGGCUUGUGAAAAUGCCCCUGAAGCUUCCAGUGCCUUGACCUGUGCAGGUUCCUCUGUUCCAGUUAAUUCCUCUCAAGUAGUUGGAAACUUUAGUUAUGGGACCCAAAAGUCACCUGUGUCUGUAACCUCAAAUAGCAAGGUUGGGGAAGGUGUAGCAGAACAAGGGCUUUCUAAGAAAGAACAAGGACAUUAUACUGAAACACAGUAUUCCAUGGAGGACUUGGCUUAUUUAACCACAUGUGACUCGGAUUAAGCAUAAAAAAAAUGACCAGCGUCAAAUGUAUAGUAAAAUUAGAUCUUUUUAAGAGAUUUGCUGUAAUUUUCAUUUAUGAUAUUAAUAUAACAGUUCUAAUGCCACUGUCAAACUGUGUCCCUUAGCAUCUUUUUUUUAUCUUUACAAGUUUCAGGAUAGUUAGAUGCAUCUUAUAAUCUAACUAAUGAUUUUUUGCUGUUUUGGGCGCUGCUGAGUAGAAAGCACCUGAUGUCACUCUUAACAGUAUCCCAUCAAGUGUAGGGCAACCUUCCACGGAUGUAAUGAUCCCUGUUCUUGACAUGAAUGGGUUAUAGAAGUGGAUUUAAGAUUUGUCAUAACAUAUGUUAUGAUGUAUUGCUCUUGUAUAUCCACCCGGUGGGCUUAUGCUCCUCAUGUAAUGUUGUUUUGUUCCUCAUACAUAUUUUAGGUGUAAAUGUAUGCACAAAGUUUAAGUUGUGGCUAGAAAGCCUUGAAAUGUUCACGUCUAAUCUUUUCUGUAGUUUUUAUUUUUCAUGAUAAUUUACUUCUCUUACAGUAUACCUGUUUACUGUGACCCCGAUUUCUUAAAAAAUGUUCCAAUGGUUUGUAAAUAAUUAAUGAAAAUGUUUAAAAUAUUUAACUUAAACCCUUACCUGUAAAGUGAAACAGUUCUUGAUUGUUUGUUUUAUACCAUUUCAGAUUUGUUUGAACUUUAUGCUCAUCAAGCAUCUUCACUUGGUUUAUUUAGGUCAUGCUGUGAUUUUCCAAGGAGAAUUUUAGAAAUAAAAGGUUGAGUCUUGUGCUUCCAGAGAAGUUGAUCUUUCCAGAUGAUCUGGAACUAUACAGUAUGGUCUUGUAAUGUAAAUAUGUUGUGUGGUCACCUUUUUGUGUGUUGUACAACCUGUGAUUAGGUGAUUUUAUGUUUUAGCUCACUUUCUCUUACAUUAUUGCACUUUCUUUUAAUUGUAUCAUUCCCAAACAGCAAGUCAAGGAGCACAUUGAUGGUAAUGUUGGUAAGAAGAGCAUUAUUACCUGAAGACGCCAUGGCAAGACUUGACCAGUGACCACACUUGAUAAUUGUACUGGUUACUUAAUGUGCUUUGGGUCAGUGCUGAUGUUUAUUUGCUUGUUUUUUUUCCUACAGUUGCAUUUAUUUUAGUUGUUAAAUAAAUCUACUAUUGCACUCAAGAUCAUGAAGAAGCGUCAACUGCUGGUGCAAUGGAUUGUGUUGGUUCUACUACACAAUGUUGUACGUUCACACAUGCUCCAGCGAAGAGCUACCAGCGAACAUUUCAUAGUCUAUCUUGUGUUGCUUGUGUGGCUUUAUGAUUGUAUCUAAGUGCAGCAUGAGUUGGAUAUUACUUUUGAAUAAAAAUAAGGUGAUCCAAA